UGAGAGGGUGAGAGAGAGAGAGACUUAGUGGGGCUCCGAGGGGCUCCAGCAGGGACCGGGCGCACUCUGGAACACUUUACCCAGAAUAUGGACUUCACUUCCCGCGCUGACAUCGGCGGAGCAGCGGGGUUGCGGCUCGGUGCCUCUAUCGCUCUUCUCCUCCUCGGAGGGCAGCGGAGGAACUUCAGCGGCAUCUCCGGAGCCGCGCGGCCGGCCGGGAGUCUCCGUGUGCCGCUGUCCGAGUGACGCGGAGGGGAAGGGGGCGUCUAUGCGGAGCACACCGCGGCUGACUUGAACUUGCUUUCCUGCCUUCCUGGCGGCUUCGCUCGGGAGGAUAAUGAUCCAGUUCCCCAGAACUACCAGAAAACCGAGCCAGCGCCGCCCGGAGCGGUGAGCCGACGCAGCGGCACAAUGCGGACUUUGCGCCCGGUCUGAGCGGAGCAGUCUGCGGAGACAGCGGACCGGCUGGAUGACUUCCUGCUUUCGUUAAGGUUCCUGGAACCAAAUGUCAAAUCAGGAAAGAAGCUUUGUGGACAAACGUGAGCGUGAGGGAGGAGAGGACGCCCAGCGAUAACCCUCCGGUGUGUUGUGCUCUGUCAGCCAAGACUGCUGUGAAAAGAGCUCUACCCGCUGGUAAAAGAGAAGAGAAGGUGGAAAUAUGAGCUCUUAAAUAAUGUCUCCCCGCUCAAUUAUGGACAGUGGGUGGUGAAGGAAUCGUAUUGCUUAAUGAGACCAUUACUCUGGUGUUGGGAAGCUUAGGACAACUAAUUAACAAGGGAUUACUCAAGACCGUCGUCAGCAAACAGACAAUAUCCAACGACUGUUGGAUUUGAAUCCUAAUUUUCAACUUUCUUCUCUUAUUUGGUGUCUGUAUUUUUUCUGAUCUCUCUGAAAUGGAGAUACAGUGGCGUUUAUGGACUAAGGACUGGGCCUCCUUUAUUAGGCCGUGGAUACCUAUACUUUUGGGCCUUCAUCUCCAGUUCUCCCGGGCCUCCAACUGUCCCGAGGAGUGCCGCUGUGAUCGUACUUUUGUUUAUUGCAACGAGCGGAGCCUGACCUCAGUGCCUCAGGGAAUCGGUGAGGGUUACAAGACCCUUUACCUCCACAACAACCAAAUCAAUAACGCUGGCUUUCCCCUGGAGCUCCACCACGUGGCCUCUGUGGAAACUGUGUUUCUCUAUGGUAACCAGCUGGAUGAGUUCCCCAUCAAUCUGCCCAAAAAUGUGAGGGUUCUCCAUUUGCAGGAGAAUAACAUUCAGACCAUCUCCAGAGCAGCUUUGGCGCAGCUUCUUUGGCUGGAGGAGCUGCACUUGGAUGAUAACUCCAUUUCUACUGUAGGUGUAGAGGAAGGGGCCUUCCGUGAGGCACUAAGCCUGAAGAUGCUCUUCCUCACGAAAAACCACAUGAGCAGUGUGCCUAUUGGUCUUCCAGAUGAUCUGAAAGAAUUGCGAAUGGACGAGAACCGAAUUGCUGUCAUCGCGGAGGAGGCAUUUCGGAAUGUCACCCGUCUGCAGCGCUUGCUAUUGGACGGGAACCUGUUGACAGAUGAAGGGAUUGCACCAGGAACCUUUCAGGAUCUGGACACCCUCAGGGAGCUGUCCUUGGCCCGCAACUCACUGACAUACCCGCCCCCAUUCCUCCCAGGGCAGGUACUCGUCAAAUUAAACUUUCAGGAAAACCAGAUAAACAGGAUUCCUGCUAGCGCAUUUGCAGGGUUGCACAAGCUGGAGAGGCUGGAUAUUUCUAACAACCAGCUGCAUUCGUUGACACAGGGGGUCUUUGAUGGCCUCCGCAGCCUCAGACAGCUCACUGUUCGGAACAACCUUUGGCUCUGCGACUGCAGCAUCAAAUGGGUGGGGUCAUGGCUCAAGUCGCUGCCGGCCUCGCUCAAUGUGCGCGGCUUCAUGUGCCAUAAACCUGAAAAGUUCCGGGGCAUGGUGAUUAGGGAGCUGAGUGCGGAGCUAGUCCAGUGCCCGCAGAGCACAGUGACUGCACCCCUGUCCUCUUUAACAGCGGACGCCGCUCUCAUCCCAACCGUGGCCUCUUCCUCUGACUCGCCCCAUGUCACUCGGUAUGUUUCCCCCUCCUCCAGGCAACCCCCUCCCACGGUAACCACCCACUAUGCUGUCUAUUCAACCAGAAAGGGAGGAUUGAGGACUAAGCAACCUCCAGACCCGAGAAGGGAGACGUUGAAGGUCACGUUUGCCAUACUGAAUGGCUCAGCCAUCCAUGUCAGCUGGGUGGCCGCCUUUCCAGUCACUACUUUCAAGGUGACGUGGGCCAGGAUGGACCCCAGUCUGACAGGGGACACCGUCAGGGAAAGGAUAGUGGGUGGGGAUCACCGGGGGAUCCGACUGGCUAACCUUGAGCCAAAGUCCACUUACCGGAUCUGUGUCAUUCCGUUGGAUGCGUUCAACAACUAUCGGCCCAAAGACGAUACCGUGUGCACUGAGGCUAUGACCACGCCAGCCUCUUUCAGCCCCGACAACAACAACAGCAAAAGGCCGCCGGGGCCUGAACAGGCCACUCAACAUGAACCCAGCUCACCUUUCUUGCUGGGUGGACUGAUUGGUGGGGCUGUGAUUGUGGUACUGCUGGCACUCCUCACCGUCUUCUGCUGGCACAUGCACAAGAAGAGCGACUCCAAGGCCACAACCAAGUGGAAAUACAAUCGGGGUCGGAGAAAGGAUGACUAUUGCGAGGCAGGGACCAAGAAGGACAAUUCCAUUCUGGAAAUGACUGAGACCGGCUUCCAAAUAGUCUCACUUAACAACGAACAACUUCUCAAGGGAGAUUUCCGCAUUCAGCCUAGUUACACCCCUAAUGGGGGCAUCGGCUUCCGAGACUGUCCCCUGGAGAAUAACAGCACAGUUUACUGCAAGAACAAUGUUCAGGAUGCAGACCUUUGUGGCACAUGAUGGUUUGGGAGAGCAUCGGGAGCAUUUUUACUGGCUACCCACUCUUUACUGGACACUGUACAGUGUUAAUAUUGUUUGAAACCUUCAAAAAAUGUAAUUUAUACAACUAAAUGGAUGGUAUCUUUUAUAUGUCAAUGUUGGAUUUAUAUAUGACUGGUUUCUGUUUGUUCUGCUAUUUUGAGUUCUGUGCACACAGACAUGAUAAAACAGGAUUCAUUUAUUUAGUGAAUAUUAAGGCUUUUGUUCUGAUUUUCAGUAAUAGUUAAUGAUUAUGAGGUCAACGUACACUGUAACCCAGACAGCUACAGAAUCAACACGGUAUCAGCAGUGCAUCGUAGUAGUGCUGAAACCGGCUGGUCCAACUCUGCAUUAGAGAGGGAGGAAAAAAAGGCAGACAUGAAUCAGCCACACUCACCACCAGAGCGCGUAGCUUCCUGCAAACCAAAAAGGCUUUUUAAUCAAGUCAUCACAGGUAUUUGGCAUAUUGGUUUAAUUGUCACUAUCAUCAAUAGAGAUGCAAAUUAUUGGAUUUCUGCUCUUGAAAGAGGACAUAUUUUAUGCAACAGAUAUUUCUCUGCUUCAAAGUAAAUGUAAAGGUCGCACUCAUUAAACAUUCAUAGAAGGUGGGAGGCUGCAGUACUCUCCCUUGCUUUUCAAGAUUCAUACAUUAUGAGUAAAGGGGUCACGUUAUUAGUGCCGGCUGGCUGUGUUGGAUGGUCGGUGUCACAGUAAGACGCAACAAAGACUCAUAUCUGCCGUCUACUUUAUGCUUAACCAAGAACCGACUCUUCUCCUUUUGUUCAGCAAAAAUAAUGUUAUGGUAAAACAGUAUUAUAUAUCUAUAUAUAUGUAGAUAUAUAUGUGCCUUGAAAGUAUCAGCUUACAAUGUAUUUUGAAUCCAUGCUUUUGCACUAAAGGUAUAAUGUAUAUAGAAUCAUUUGAAUUGUUGAAGAAAUAUUUUGCUUUUGAAUAUUUAUUUACCUCGUACACAUUUAAUUAAAAACAUAUCUCCAAAAGUGAA